AUGACAGCCGCAGAUGGAAUCCCAGGUCAAGCAGGGCUUCCGACCCCCAAUCCCACAAAAUCUUUCUGGCAUAGUGAACCUUCGAAGAUCUUGCUAGGUCACAAGACCACCGAGAAACUUCCUCCGAGUGCAGAUGUGAUUAUUAUUGGAAGUGGAAUUGCGGGGACUUCGGCGGCCCAUUGGCUAAGAGAACAUAGGGAGGGGAAGAAUCUUAACAUAGUGAUGUUGGAGGCGAGAGAAGCUUGUUGGGGAGCGACGGGUAGAAAUGGAGGACAUUGCCAACCCCUUGUGUACGCUUCACCACCUGCAGUUGGGGCUUUCGAAGUGAGAAACUAUGAGGACAUCAAGUCUUUCGUCGCGGAGAAUGAUAUUCAAUGUGACUGGAGGUCAUUAUCCAGCUGUCACUCUUACAUGUCGGAAGAUCAAUUUGAACAAGCUGCCAAAGUUGCAGAAGCACUCAAGGUUCUAGACUCAAAGUUGGGCGAUCUAGUAACCAUCGUCAGCAAAAAUUCUAGAAAUCCCUCACUAUCUGACCUCCGAAUUCCUACAGCGGCUGGCGCUAUCAUAACCUCCAAAGCUGCUUCUCUCUGGCCUUAUAAAUUAGUCUCCUGGAUUCUCGAACAUUUGAUUUCUAAGAAUGAUUCCACAAGUUCCCCAAUAUUUAACCUCCAAACUUCAACGCCUGUAACCAGCCUUCAAAAGUCAUCUUCAGCAUGGAUCAUCCACACUCCUUGUGGCCAAAUUUCAGCUCCCAAAGUCCUUCUUACAACAAACGCCUAUACAUCUCAUCUCCUUCCCUCAUUUACAGACCUUAUCGUUGCCGUCCGCGGAGAAAUGUCUUCCCUUCUUCCUCCAUCCUCCAUGUCACCAUCCACAGAAUCCUCAUAUAAACCCCUCGAGUACUCCUACAGUAUCAUGGGCCACGCAGGUCAAAACAUAAAUCGAGAUGAUUAUCUCGUCCAACGACCUUUUUCGACAACUUCAUCACAAAAUCGAUCCGGAGGCGAACUUAUGUUCGGCGGUGGUCGUCAAUAUGCCACCGAAGCUGGCAUGGGUGUCUUCGACGACUCAUCAAUUGAUCCUCCGGCAGCAGACUAUCUCCGCCGCGAACUACCUCGUGCAUUGAAUCUUCACAACAACCAAGAGAAACUGAAGGCUACUUAUGAGUGGAGCGGGAUUAUGGGAUUUAGUAGAGAUAAUUCGCCUUGGGUGGGGAAUGUCAGUGAGAAAUUGGGAGGUGGAGAUGGGUUGUAUGUUUGCGCUGGAUUUACUGGACAUGGUAUGCCGACGGCGAGGUUGAGUGCGAAGGCGGUGGUGGAGUUGAUGAUGGGAGAGGAGGUGGAGAAUGUUGAUUUACCGCGUAGGUAUGUACUAAGUGAUGAAAGGGUGGAGAGGGUGAGGGUGUUGGAUGUGGUUAAGAUUGCGGAUGAGAUGGGCCAUUUUUAA